GGGCCGGGACGGCCGGGGGGGCCAGGGGAGCGCCGGCCGCCGCGCCGGCCUUGCCCGGCCAUGGACGAGCGGAGGAAGCCCGACCCCCGCAGGAUGGAGGAUGAAGCGGUCUUGGACAGGGGGGCUUCUUUCCUCAAGCACGUGUGCGACGAAGAAGAAGUGGAAGGCCAUCACACGAUCUACAUCGGGGUCCACGUGCCGAAGAGCUACAGGCGGAGACGGCGCCACAAGAGGAAGCCCGGCCACAAGGAGAAGAAGGAGCGGGAAAAGAUCUCUGAGAAUUACUCAGAUAAGUCCGACGUGGAGAACGCCGACGAGUCGAGCAGCAGCAUUCUCAAGCCUCUCAUCUCUCCCGCGGCCGAACGUAUCCGCUUCAUCUUGGGCGAGGAAGAUGACAACCCCACUCCGCCCCAGCUCUUCACCGAACUGGACGAACUGUUGGCCGUGGACGGGCAGGAGAUGGAGUGGAAGGAGACAGCCAGGUGGAUCAAGUUCGAGGAGAAGGUGGAGCAGGGUGGAGAGCGAUGGAGCAAGCCCCACGUCGCCACGCUGUCGCUGCACAGCUUGUUCGAGCUGCGGACGUGCAUGGAGAAAGGAUCCAUCAUGUUGGACCGGGAGGCCGCUUCUCUCCCGCAGUUAGUGGACAUGAUAGUGGAGAACCAGAUCGAGACAGGACUGUUGAGGGCCGACUUGAAGGAUAAAGUGACGUACACCCUGCUCCGGAAACACCGGCACCAAACCAAGAAAUCCAACCUCCGCUCCCUGGCAGACAUCGGGAAGACGGUCUCUAGUGCAAGUAGGAUGUUUAGCGGCACCGAUAAUGGCAGCCCGGCCAUGACCCAUCGGAACCUGACCUCCUCCAGUUUGAAUGACAUUUCUGAUAAACCAGAGAAGGACCAGCUGAAGAAUAAGUUCAUGAAGAAGCUGCCCCGGGACGCGGAAGCCUCCAACGUGCUGGUCGGGGAGGUGGACUUCCUGGAGACCCCUUUCAUCGCCUUUGUGAGGCUGCAGCAGGCCGUCAUGCUGGGGGCCCUGACAGAGGUGCCGGUGCCCACCCGGUUCCUCUUCAUUCUCCUGGGUCCAAAGGGAAAAGCCAAGUCCUAUCACGAGAUCGGCAGAGCCAUCGCCACCUUGAUGUCUGACGAGGUGUUCCACGACAUUGCCUAUAAGGCUAAAGACCGGCAGGACCUGAUCGCUGGCAUUGAUGAGUUCCUGGAUGAGGUCAUCGUCCUCCCUCCCGGCGAGUGGGACCCCACCAUCAGGAUAGAACCCCCCAAGUCUCUCCCAUCCUCGGACAAAAGGAAGAACAUGUACUCAGGUGGAGAGAACGUGCAGAUGAAUGGCGACGCCCCUCAUGACGGAGGCCACGGAGGUGGUGGCCAUGGGGACUGUGAAGAGCUACAGCGAACAGGAAGAUUUUGCGGUGGGCUGAUCAAAGAUAUCAAGAGGAAAGCGCCGUUUUUCGCCAGCGACUUUUACGACGCUUUAAACAUCCAAGCCCUUUCGGCCAUUCUCUUCAUCUACCUGGGAACCGUCACCAACGCCAUCACGUUCGGAGGACUGCUCGGGGAUGCCACCGAAAACAUGCAGGGUGUUUUGGAGAGCUUCCUGGGCACAGCAGUUUCUGGAGCCAUCUUCUGCCUUUUCGCCGGCCAACCCCUCACCAUCCUCAGCAGCACAGGCCCCGUCCUGGUCUUCGAGAGGCUUCUAUUUAAUUUCAGCAAAGACAAUCAGUUCGACUAUUUGCAUUUCCGCCUCUGGAUCGGCCUGUGGUCGGCCUUCCUCUGUCUGCUUCUGGUGGCCACCGAUGCCAGCUUCCUGGUGCAGUAUUUCACCCGCUUCACCGAAGAGGGCUUCUCCUCCCUGAUCAGCUUCAUCUUCAUCUACGAUGCCUUCAAGAAGAUGAUCAAGUUGGCCGACUAUUACCCCAUCAACUCCGACUUCAAAGUGGACUACAUCACGCAAUUCACCUGCGCCUGUCUCCCUCCGCACACUGUCAAUGUGUCAAUACCGAAUGAGACAACAGCAGCCCCUGUGGAUAUGCUGACUAGCUCAUCGUCAGAGACGUACCACAAUAGCACCAUCGACUGGGCAUCCUUGUCCAAGAAGGAGUGCUUGAAAUACGGCGGAGAACUCGUGGGCAGAAACUGCGACUUCGUGCCCGACAUCACACUCAUGUCCUUUAUCCUCUUCCUCGGCACAUACACGUGUUCCAUGGCCCUGAAGAAAUUCAAAACCAGCCGCUACUUUCCGACCACGGCCCGGAAGCUGAUCAGUGACUUUGCUAUCAUCCUGUCCAUCUUCAUCUUCUGUGGCAUAGAUGCCCUGGUGGGAGUGGACACUCCAAAACUGAUUGUGCCGAGUGAGUUCAAGCCGACGAGUCCAAACCGAGGUUGGUUCGUGGCCCCUUUUGGAGGGAAUCCUUGGUGGGUGUAUCUCGCCGCGGCGAUCCCGGCCCUGCUGGUGACCAUUCUGAUCUUCAUGGACCAGCAGAUCACAGCCGUCAUCGUCAACAGGAAAGAACACAAGCUCAAGAAAGGUGCAGGGUAUCAUCUGGAUCUAUUUUGGGUGGCCAUCCUCAUGAUUAUCUGCUCUUUCAUGGCCCUCCCUUGGUACGUGGCAGCGACCGUCAUUUCCAUAGCUCACAUCGACAGCCUCAAGAUGGAGACCGAGACUUCAGCCCCGGGAGAACAGCCUAAGUUCUUGGGAGUAAGGGAGCAGAGAGUCACUGGAACCCUUGUGUUCAUUCUGACUGGUCUGUCGGUUUUUAUGGCUCCCAUCCUCAAGUUCAUUCCCAUGCCCGUGCUGUAUGGCGUGUUCCUCUACAUGGGUGUUGCGUCCCUUAACGGUGUACAGUUCAUGGAUCGCCUGAAGCUGCUGCUGAUGCCCCUUAAGCACCAGCCCGAUUUCAUCUACCUACGCCACGUGCCACUUCGCCGGGUCCACCUCUUCACGUUCCUGCAGAUACUGUGUCUGGCUCUUCUCUGGAUUCUCAAGUCCACCGUCGCGGCCAUCAUAUUCCCGGUCAUGAUCCUGGCCCUGGUGGCCGUCAGGAAAGGGAUGGACUACCUCUUCUCUCAGCAUGACCUCAGCUUCCUCGAUGAUGUCAUUCCCGAAAAGGACAAGAAGAAGAAGGAGGACGAGAAGAAAAAGAAAAAGAAGAAAGGCAGUUUGGAUAGCGACAAUGAUGACUCUGACUGUCCUUACUCAGAAAAAGUCCCAAGUAUUAAAAUUCCAAUGGACAUCAUGGAACAACAACCUUUCCUAAGUGAGAGCAAACCUUCCGACAGAGAAAAAUCACCAACAUUCCUUGAACGCCAUACAUCGUGCUGAAAAAAUUCCUUUCCUUCAGUCACUUGGCAUGCCAAGCCCUCCAAGAACUCCAGUCAGAGUUGUGCCUCAAAUUAGAAUAGAACUUGAGCCAGAAGACAAUGGUUAUUUCUGGAGGAGCAAGGGAACAGAAACUACAUUGUAACCUGUUUGUCUCUUAAACACUGAACUCUUAUCACUGUUUUGUCAUUAGCUAAACCCCACAGAGCUCUCUGCUUCUCCCCCGCUUAGGUAAAAUUGAAACAGCCAUGCAUCUCUCCACGAAAACAUCUGCAGAAGAGUUUCCCCCCUUUUCCUUUCGCACACGUUGCCGACUUUCUUCCGACUCACAAAUCCUUUAUCCCUCAGUACCACCCCAACCCUGACCUCUCCCCACCCGUUUUUAAGCAGAGGGCGGUAGGGUUGAGGAUUUUGUAACACCAUUUUGCAAAGGGCGGAAGAACCGACUCCGGGCAUUCACCCUAACCUGGUUGGUUUUUCUGUUGGGAAGAACACCGCGUGCCCAAGAGGCUGACUCUGAAAUCGUAGCUUCUCUAGCUCUGCGUGACAGGAAAGUGCUGCUAAUACUUAAUAGUCCUGUGCUUCUAGAAAGCUCUAGAAGGUACUUCCCUCACUCCCCGCUCCUCAGAACCAUCACCACCACUGUAGCAAGUGUCCUCCCUUUUCCUAUGCAACUUUUUUUUUUUUAAUCCUUUAAUGGACUUACCCGUUGAGUACAUUGAAGACUAUGUUUUUCUUCCUAGAUUUUGUUGUUAAAUUAUGGAGGCCUAACCUGCAACUUAUUUUUUGUCAAUUUUUUAAAAAACUUUUUUUUUAAUUACUGUAAAGAAAAUGAAUUUUUCCUGCAGCAGGAAAUUUAGUUUUUGAGUAGUUCUACCUCUUAUUUGUAGCUGCCAGGCUUUCUGUAAAAAUGUAUUGUAUAUAAUGUGAUUUUUUUACACACCCCCAAACACACACACACACAGUCUCGAGGGCAAGCCGCAGGCUCAGUCAGAUCAUCCACACAGCCUCUCUGCAGCACCCACUUUCGUGAUUUGUUUCAAGGAUCCUAACGCUUCCGUGAAGGAGACGCAGGGUUUAACGGCUUGUGGCUUAGGACCAGUAGGAUAACUCCGGUGGCAAUCGACCGAGGUACUGACUCCCCCCUCCUGAUAGGACCUGAGGACAGACACUGAUUGUAUUCGGAUCCUGAUUUCCUAUGCAGUAUUCUUUCAUGGAGAAACCUGCGUGUGUUAUGGUCUGUGUCUCCGCAACUUGCACGAGCGGUUGAGCGCGCAGGUUAGAGUGGAAGAGCUUUGGUAGACCAAGGGAGAGGCCACUGAACUCCCCUAAUCAGUCAGGACAAAACCCUUCAUCCCUCACCUCCCCUGCUCGACAGCAGGGUUGCCUGGAAAACUCACCACUUGGGUAAACCAGGGGUUGGAGAUGUGCACCACCUGAUUUAAUUCUCCUUUGCUGAUGGAUCGGCCCAUCCUUCCCACUUAAGAUCCCUAAAUGAGAAUAGCAUUUCCAUACCUGAACCGUGGACACGCGCGAAUGCAGAUAGUGCAUCUGUCGGCGUACUGAUGGAUAAGAUACUGCAUUAGACCCAUACCACUUUUUUUUUAAAUGAACUAGGUCGUUGGUGUUGGGAACUUUUACAAAUCUGGUUUUGUAUAGAAACAUAUAUUUCUACACUAAGGUAACCAUUUUGGACAUUGCCUAUUUGUAGCCAAACUUAGCAUGGGGUUUUAAAUGUGAAAUUUUUUUAACAAGUUGCAUUGUAUGUUGCGAAUGAAAGCUGACCGUCCCAAAUUUUGGACCUGUGGUCCAGGAUGCACGUGACUAAAUUUGGGAUGGGUCCACACUGGAACACGUAGGAGGAGGGCUAGGAGUAGAAUGAAACCACUAAUUUGUGGUUUCAAAAUCUGGUCGGCGUAUUGGGCCCGAUUCACACCCUGUUUGACUUUGGAGGAGUUUUGCCCCUCUGGAAAUGACUGUUUUGGUUUGUAAAGGGUGGAGACAAAGUAGCUAUUACAAUAAUUGUCAUCCUGAAAUAGUGACUCCGUUUGCAAAACCCAAGAACCCGAAAGAAAUAUUUCCCCGUAUGUGAUAGAUUUAUGGUCCGCGACACUUUUUAAUUGAAACGUUUAGAGGAAACGAACACUUUUUUUACGGUGCUGAGAUCUAGCAUGCCGAAUUUAGCCGCAGCUGCGUAACUAUAGCUACCCCCCAAAACACAGCUAUAUUAAGGCCAUAUUUAUCUCAGUUUAUUGUCCUCCAAUGCGAUGCUGAAGAGAACUUACUGACAAUGCUUUCUCCAGGGCUUUAUCGAAGGAGAGAGCGGACUGUCUAAAGUCAAACCUAACCGUACCCACGAUGUGGAUGAGCCCAAGAUCCCCGUUUCGUCAUUUAGGAACUCUAGGUGGAACAACUCUGUGUUGUCCCAAGUGGGAUCGAACGUUCCAGAACAAACAGUGGGCCGACUUGAGCCACUUCCUAGACUGUGGAACUCCAGCUCUGGAAGAAAAUGCGGAGAUGCGACGUUGAGGGUGUCAGGCGGGGUCACUAGGGAGAGAAAAGGGGACGAUCGUAGGGGAGUCGAAGGGAGGAGUGUGGUUGUACUGUUUUAAUCAGACCAGGUUAAAAGGCCACGCUGGUCCUCUAGGAGGGCAACGAUUAGCCUCACAUGGAACAGGGAUCUUCUAUCUACCCCACCACUUUAGGGUUUGGCGCACAGUCGGAGCUUCAAAAAUAUCACCAUUAUCAUUAUUGUACUUUGGGAGCUGAGUUUAGUUUGGGGAAGACUGCCAACUCCACUGUACUCUCCCAAAUGUUUUGUCCAGUGGUCUGCACGUAGUAAGUGCUCAAUAAAUGCCUCUGAUCGAUGAUAAAGGAGGGUUACCUCAUUGAAAAGCAGCACUGAGAUUCUCCACUUUCAUCUUCAAAGAGAAGAAUUGAAAUGACAACCACGUCAGUUUCCGGACACCCUUUAGCCGGUUCUGAAAAAUACUGGCACCUCCAAGGUUUAGGGAGGAUAUUUGGGGCAGAGGGUACCCCCUCCCCCCUCCCCGACCUUUCUGUAAGGGGCACACAGUGAUAUCUUUGGAAAUGGCUUAUGUGGAAUCACUUCAAAUGUACGUUGCGGGAGGUGGUGUAGCCAAGCACUGGUCAAUCAGAUUGGUUUGGUUUGCCAGUCGUCCGCUGGAUUGGAGGGGUGGGAAACGAGAGGGGCUUGUUUAAGGUCAGUCUGAGCCAUGAUAAUAAACUGCUUAGGUUUGGGAGUGGGAACUUCAUCCAACACCCCUUUGAGACCCUGUCAUCGUCCUCUGUACGGGGUGAGAUGAGGGUUUGAAAAUCUGCUUAGCCGGACAAUGUACAGAGGGAGUUUUAAACAAGACCUGUUCCCUCUUGCCUGCUCUACUCCAAACCCUUCUCAAACUCAGCGAAAAACAAAAGAACAGCGAGUCUUAGUUCCCUCCUCUGCCCUCAAACCCCAAAAGCAUGGCAUAAAGGCUGCCUGUGACGCCCUGGAUAGUCAAUAUGAAACUCCACAUACUGUACUUGUAGACAUAUGACGUACACAUACGUUCACAAGCUCACACCCACGCACACAUACCCAGAGUGCAUACUAUGUGUUCUAAAAAUUAGCGAUCAAUUAUCCAGAAAACUUUUGUCUUCCGGAGCUUUUUGAACCAUGUUCAAUGUACUUGAAAUGUAUUAACUGCUGAACCGAAUCUUCUCUUUCCUGUUCUUUUUCGUUUUUAAUUUAAAGUUUGAGCUGUUACCUAGAGGUUGGCACCGUUCAGGGAUGGAACAGAUAGAUAUUUCGACUUCUCCUUUCGUACCACUUAGUGAUUUUGCUGCAGAUGCCGGGAUACUUUCUUGUGUUCCCUUGGCAUUAGCUCUGCCCAGUCUCAAGGCCUUCCGGGCUGAACGUUUUUUCUAGCACUUGACUAUCGAGAGGAAGGGACGUGGGAUCAGUGCAGAUGCACGGUUUCAUCCUACUUCGUUUCAUCCUCGAUACCGAAAGGGGUAUCUUGUAUGCUCACGAAAACCGUCGAAAUGUGCUUUGACCAGACAUUUGGGAUAUGUCGUAUUUCUUGGUUCGUACGUUUGGCCUCCAUGGGUGUUCAUAGGAAAAAUGUGAGUUUCUGAUUCCCACUUCCUAGGCAAACUGCAGCAGUGGGAUAGCAACUCAGGGUGAAAAUCAUCCAGUGAAACGAACAGAGCCAGAAAUAACCUUGUCCCCGGACCUUCAAUGUGAAAUGGGUGAAUCGCAGUCUCUCUUUCUCUCUCUCUCUUUCUCUCACACACCUCUUAUUGGCCAUUUUCAUGGCUGGAACUUAUUACUCUUUGGAAUCAAUAUGCACUUUCAGAUAGUCUCCUUUUUAGUCUCUUAAAAGUCUAUUAGUUUUGGAGGAAUGAUGCAUCUCUUUUUGCUAAAUGAAGAUCAACAUGGUGGAACAAAGCGAAAAAAAGAACAGAAAACAUUUCAAUAGAUUAAUCUUUUUUUCCAAUAUAAAACAUGAAAUUCCUAUAACAUAGUAUUUUACAGUUUUAUGAAGCUUUCUAUUGUGACUUUUAUGGAAUCAAGAGAUGAAGAAGAUGAGAUAUUUUAGCAUUUAUAUUUUUCAAAAUUAAAUGUAUACUUAAAAUAAAGUAACUUUAUGCAUU